CCCCGAGUGGGGUGACCUUUCUUAUCCUGCGCUCCCUCCAAUCACCAUCAGUCUUCCACUAUCGUCGACAACGCCAGUGAUGCUGACGAUAAGGGACGAUUGAUUGGUUAGAUCGCGGAAUUACCUUCUGGAUCGAUACCUCGGGCUACCAGUCUGCGGAGGAAUCAUGUCCAAAGCUAGGGUUUAUGCCGACGUUAACGUUGUCCGACCUAAGGAAUACUGGGAUUACGAGUCUCUCGUUGUUCAGUGGGGAGACCAGGAUGAUUAUGAGGUCGUGCGGAAAGUUGGUCGUGGUAAAUACAGUGAAGUUUUUGAAGGCAUAAAUGUCAAUUCAAAGGAGCGCUGUAUAGUCAAAAUCCUUAAGCCCGUAAAGAAGAAGAAGAUUAAGAGAGAGAUAAAGAUCCUCCAGAACCUUUGUGGCGGGCCAAAUAUUGUUAAGCUGCUUGAUAUAGUCAGAGAUCAGCACUCCAAAACUCCUAGCUUGAUAUUUGAGUUUGUUAACAGCGUGGACUUCAAAGUUUUGUACCCGACUUUGACUGAUUAUGAUAUCCGAUACUAUAUAUACGAGCUCUUGAAGGCAUUAGAUUUCUGCCAUUCUCAAGGAAUAAUGCACAGGGAUGUCAAGCCUCACAAUGUCAUGAUAGAUCAUGAACUGAGGAAGCUUCGCUUGAUAGAUUGGGGCCUUGCUGAGUUUUACCAUCCUGGAAAAGAGUAUAAUGUUCGAGUUGCCUCGAGAUACUUCAAGGGUCCUGAGCUUCUAGUUGAUCUGCAAGAUUAUGACUAUUCCUUAGACAUGUGGAGUCUUGGUUGUAUGUUUGCUGGCAUGAUUUUUCGCAAGGAACCCUUCUUCUACGGUCAUGAUAAUCAUGAUCAGCUUGUCAAAAUUGCUAAGGUACUGGGAACUGAUGAGCUAAAUGCCUACCUUAACAAAUAUCAGUUAGAUCUUGACCCACAGCUUGAGGCACUCGUUGGAAGGCACAGCAGGAAGCCAUGGCCAAAGUUUAUCAGUGCAGACAACCAGCACUUGAUCUCCCCUGAGGCCAUCGAUUUUCUUGAUAAGCUUCUUCGGUAUGAUCAUCAAGACAGGCUUACCGCGAGAGAUGCCAUGGGUCACCCAUACUUUGCUCAAGUGAGAGCUGCAGAGAGCAGCAGGCUGCGCACACAGUAACGCUCAUUUAAAGACCAAACUACCUUUACACUCGUUAUUUCUGUCUUUUUGGAGACAAAAGCUUCUACUGCUAUUCUUCUUGUCUUCUUAAAAUACAACUUUCUCAACAAACAGGUUUCAUAUAUAAACCCUUGGUCGCAUGCCUACCCGCUCUCAUGGCAAUUUUCUUUCGAGCUA